CUAGAACAAACUGGCUAUACCUGUCAAGGCACCGGUAUAGGCCUAUCUCGGACACUCAUUUACUCGUGGGAGCAUCUCUCCAAAUCACACACAUUCGAGAUCGCUGUCGUAUCUCAAGUACGCUGGAGUGAAAUCUCGGCUUACAGUUGCCUAAUCUCCGAGACCUUCCCGAGAUCGACAAACAAAGACAGGUUAAGUUGAAGUGACCGAUUCGGUGCCCGGUUGCUCUGAUACUGUCGAGAAGCCGAUGAUCGUACAAUUGGCAAGGCCAAGAACAGUGCUAGUAAAACUCCAGAAUCCGAUCGCCAGGACCGAGGAUCGUUCUCUGCUACCAUCGGAGGGUGUAGCCAGAACCGACCCUAAUUCGAGAAAGUGUAUGCUUGCUCAAAACGCU